CUUGGUGUCAAUUCAGAGUGCAGACAGGCCUUCCUCAGCUCCCUAAUCCUUAGCAUAUUUGCCUGUCACCAUCAUCGGACCCCCUAUCCCUUCAAUUUGCCGUAUUUUCCAUUUGUGGGUAUGCUUGUUAUUUAGUAGUGCCAAACCAUUCUCUUUCUCCCUCGGUCCUCAUUGUACACCAUACAACUCCCUAGACACAAACAUCAAGAGUGAGGAAGAUGGCAGGACUGCAGAGAUCUUCUCAAACAUUCAGGAGGUCUGGUUCAUCAGGCUUGGUCUGGGAUGAGAGGCUCAUGUCAGGGGAUAGCAACCAGAGGGACCAAAGAACCUCAGGUGAACCAGAGGAUGCCAUUGAGUUCAAGGAGCUAAGGCACUCCCGGAGUGUUGGGUCCAUUGGACUGCAGCGCAGGCGCAAUGAUGGCGCGGAGCACAGCCGGUGCAACAACAACAACCAGGGCUUCCAUACUCGAUGUGUACCCCCAGCUCUAGACCCACCUUCACCCAAGGUUCCUGGUUGCUUCUUCUGUGGAAUUUUCAGGAAGGCAGGAGCUUCAGAACCAUCUAAGCCCAGAAGGUAUUAGGGUGUUGUAUACCUUUCAACUAUAUGGGGAACUAGGGACAGGAUAAUCAGUUUUUCUUGAGCCUGUAAAAGUUAUGUCUGCUGUAUAGGAUGCUAGAUAUGAGAUAUGUAGUUGUAGUUUGGACAAGUUUGAGUUCCUUCUUCCUAUAUUGCUGUAUUUUUCCUUUAGCGCACCACCUCUUGUAGUUCUACCCAGAAACUGUACUCUUGAAUGACUGCCUCUUCCACCAUGUACAUGAUAGAGUAUGUGCAUGUCUUAGUAGCAUAGUGCAUAUAUGUAUACACCCUAGUACAUGAACAUGAUGCUCUUGUGUCUACGCCUUGUAUAUGAAUAUGAUGCUCCUGUUUGAUGUUGCGCCUC